AUGAAAUCUGCAGAACAUGUAUAUUCUUUUAAAGCUCGGCAGUUCAUCAAGCAAAGGUUUGCACCUAUUAUAGUUGGUUUUGUAGACACAAAUGCCGAAAAAGCAUUUGCUCCGACUGGAGUUUCAUUCUCUGACUUUUUUGCAGGACUCUGUACUGCCUAUCAAGAACCAAUUCGUUACUAUGAUGUGACAACAUUUGUUGAUGCCCAAGAAUCUACAUUUUUCGAGUCAAUUAAAAAUGACACGACAAAAUACGGACAAUUGUUUAUUCCGCCGCAAUUUGAAAAGGAAGCUAGUGUCGAUACGAAUAAUGUCAAACUCGAAUGUCCCGUUCCAAAGAAACUUUUAUUUGGAUCUGAGGAUACAAGAUUUACGCCUUGGUACAAGAAUUUCAUUCAUCAUCUUUGCGAAAGCAUUAAAAUCAAGAAAUACGAAUUUUGUGAUAUCCCUUUUUGCUUAUUAUACGUUUCUACAGCACAAUCUCCUAAUAUCGAUAAUAAAUCAGUCAGAAAAAUGAUCCCAAUACCUUCUUGGAUGGCACCAUUUAUCUCAGAUAUCCCAGUUGGACGGAUUAUCAUUUACGAUCCUAUUGUCACUCCAAAUCCUCCAAAAAUCAACAAAUCAGACCAAAGUUUCGUGUUUCCACUCCCAGUGAAAUCAAAACCAGAUGAAACACAGUCAAAAUCAGAUUUUUACAAAAAAUAUUUUUCACAUGAUCCAAAUAUUGUUAAUGCUUUAACGAAAUCGCAGAUCAUUGGUAAUAAUGAGAUUGCAAAAACACUAGAAAUAAUCUCAGUUGUCUACCGUGGAGAAAUAUCUCCUUUAAUUCAGAGACAAAUCAACGAUUUGAAAGAGAAAAUCGAGAAAACAAAGAAGGUUUCGAACAGACUUCGUGGAAUUUUCAAGAAAAAGUCAGAUACCGAAAAACAAGGCGAAUUACCAGAAACGAAGACAAAUCAAUUACGUUUGGCAGCACUUUACAUGAUUACAGGUCAAUAUCCUGAAGCAGAAAAGCUUUUUAAGCACAUUUCGCAGCAUAAUCCUUUAUUAAAGUUGCAAAUUUCAGCAAAAUUCUGGCAUAAUCUUGCAUGUUUUGCGCAGAACAACUUUAAUUUCAGUAAUUCUAGGGAAUUAUGUGAAGAAGUGUUUAAAUCAAAUGAUAUUCGUUUUAUUUUGUAUACAUUUAUUGUUUUAUCAGAGAUUUACCAUGCUGAAAACAACAAUGACUCAUCCAUUAACGUCAUGAAUAUCGCUAUUGCUCAAAUCAAGCAGAAUUGGGAAGGUUUAGAACAGACAAUUAAUUUAAUUUUGGCAUUGUUCUAUGAAAGGCUUUCCGGACUCCAAGAAAACGAAAAGAGAAUAUUGUACUCGCUUGCACAAGCCGCAGAAAUGUACAUGCAGGCCUUACAACAUGGACAUUGCUUAAGAUGCACAAUUUGGCUCAUUAAUUGUCUUCCUCAUGACUCUUGGCCGUAUCUUUACCAAAGGGCAUUGCUUAAUAAAGCGAUUUCUCUUAAUUUUCUGAACGAAGUCAUCCGAGCAAUUUUAGAUUGCAAAGAACUCCUUGAAAUGGACGGUCUCCAGGAAGCUCUCCAAGAGCGAACAAUCAGUCAGUUCUGGACACCUUUCAAUAACCCUAGUUUCGACCCAUCAAAAUUCGAAAUUACUUUUUCACCGUUAGUUGGCGUGAAAAAGGUCGUAAUUAUCACCCCAUCUGAUCCAGAAUAUUGGGGAUUCCUUCGUGACGACUUCCAGAAUAUACUUGACGCCUUCGUGAAAAUAAAAGAAGAAUGGGAAAAAUUGUAUGGAAAAACUUUGACGAUAGAGAGUUGGAUGUCGAACAAAACAGAGACGAAAGAAGAGAUAUAUGAAGUAUCAACAGGAUGCAACAUCAAAGUUCUCAUCCAACUUUCAAAUAAAUACGUUUUCGGUGUGAAUUUGACAAAAGCAGAAUUAGUUGCAGAAUUCACUCCAGAAAACAAAGAAGAAAACUGUGAUGAUUCAUACAAGACCAACCCUGCAUUUCGUGUUGAUAUUCCAAGCAGAAAAGCAGCUUUAGAUGGUGUUUCGAAAGUUCUUCCUUUGGAUUUCGUUUGCAAGAAAACAGGAGUUUUCAAAAUCAACAAAUUCCAAAUGCAAAGUUGGGGAUGUGUUGAAACAAGUGUUACUUUCGAACCAGCUAUUAUCAAAGCUUCUGAUUCAUUCCCUUUAAUCACAAUGUCAAUAGAAAAUCUUCCAAAUGAAUUAGUUCAAGGAAUUUGUGUCAGAUUUUCUGUCAAAAUUGUGAACAAUGGAACGAAAACGGUUAGCGGUUUGACACUUGGCUUUGACCAUCCAAAUUCCAUUGCGUAUGAAGGAAAUGUUGAUUAUCAUUUCGGAAUUGCUUCUGUUAACUUGGAAGAGAAAAUUGAACCAGGAAAAUCAAUUUGUAUUCCAAUGAUUUUCAGAGCAGCGAAAGUCAACAUCAACAGAGUUCAUUUUUACUUGUCACACUCGCAAACCAUUGUUUCUUUGACAGCUUUAUCUGUUAAAGUUAAUUCUUCUGUAUCUAUAUACUCAAGAAUCAUUCCUUUCGCUCAUGACACUUCAAAGUUUGCUUUGAAAGUAAAAUUCGAUCCAAAAGUUGACGGAUUGACAAUUGUCGGAGUUUUCGACAAAACAGGAAAACUUCUUAAGACAUUACAUCCUAAUCCUGCCAGCCUUGUUCAAAAGGAAUCGAGCGCAACGAUAGUUUACUACGCUGACCAACACAACGAAGAAUUUGUUUUAGAACCAUGGAGAUUGUUUAUGUUGGAACAAAAUUCUUACGCGAUGUUGUUCAAAGUUGAAGGUAAUGAACUACUCGCACAACAGAAUAUGAGAAUACAUCCUGAUAAUAGUCAAAUGGUUCGAAUUUCUGCACCAACAUUCGUGAAAUUCACUCCCGGUGUUUCUGUGAAUGUUUCACUCAAAAUUGAGUCAGAAAAUCCUGUUUUUGUUCAACCAAAAGACAUUGAAUUACUCAAUGAUGAAAAGAACCAGAUAACUCCUAUAAUGCCUGCAAGAUGGACUGGUGUUACAAGGAAAUGUUUGAAUGCUGAAAAUCAAUUUUCUGCAAACUUCACAUUUAAUGUCUAUUUGCCUGGAAUUUACUCAAUAACUGGGUUUAUGACAAGCGAAAACAAAGAAUUCGCGAUGAUCAAGGAUUUGUCUAUCCUCCAUUUGAUUAGAGUAUCUGAAAACGAAACAAAAUGA